AUGGACUAUACGGUCCUUGACCCCAACUUCAAGCCCGGCCCAAAGAACGGCCAUCUCUCGGGAAAAGACCCAAACUACGCUGCAGUUGAGCAAGUCACCGACGAUGCACUGCGGCCGAUGUGGGGUGGCGACGUCCCCAUGGACAAGUUCAAAGAGGCAUGGGCAACGGCACCGCCAGCAAUCCCAGACAACUGCCCUGUAGCCGGUAAGGAUGUACUGCUAUCAAAGACCAAGGUUCCUGUCAGAGACGGCACGACGAUUGAGAUCAAGAUCUACAAGUCACCGAAGGUGCAACCUAAUGCGGCAUUGGUUUUUCGCAUGCACGGUGGAGGAUGGACGGUCGGCGCGCACGAGACGGAAGAAGCCGAGAACUUAUACUUCGGUGCCAUACCAAAUGUUGUGGUUGUCAGUGUUGACUAUCGGAUGGCACCAGAAUACCCGUUUCCGUACCCAGUCGAUGAUUCGUGGGAUGUCUUGAAAUGGUGUAAGUCAAAUUCGUCGGCCUUGGGGGUCCACCCGGAGAAAAUCAUCCUGGCAGGGAACAGUGGUGGCGGCAACUUGGCUGCAUGCAUAGCUAUCAAAGCGAGAAACGAAGGCCUAUCGGGGAUUGUGGCACAGAGUCUGGUGUUCCCUGUGACCUGUCACCCUAAGUAUUUCUCGCAGGUACCAAGUAAGGAGGACUACGAGCUGCUCAGCUAUAUUCAGAAUUACAAUGCCGGUAUUGUGAAUAGCUAUCGGAUGGAGUUCUUCUGGGACUGCUAUUUGGGGACGGAUCCGAAGCCUGAUCCAAGGCAUUCACCGCUGCUCCAUCAAGUCCAUGAUCUCAAGGGUCUCCCGCCAGCUCUGGUCCAGGCGGCCGGUCUUGACCCGUUGCGAGACGAGGCCAUCGCGUAUGCGGCGGCACUUGAGGCUGCCGGAAACACGGUGGAUCUUGCCACGUACCAGGGCCUGCCGCAUUGCUUCUACAUGCUUACUGGUUUCCAGAAGACCGCAGAGUAUUUUGAACGGACCAUCGCCUUCGUCAAGAAACAUGCAGACGCGGAGCCUGGACAGCCCCGAAGUAAGUUGUAG